UUGACCCAUAACUCCCACUUUACUCACCUUCACAAACCAGCACCCUCCUCUGCUCUGCUCUGCUCUCUCCUCCCUCACCUUGUUCCUUCUUCCCUUCCCCUUCCUCCACCUCCACCUCCUCCCCUCUCCAUUCCAUUCCACUCCUCCAUCCAACAAGACUCACGCACAGAGACCCCAGACGCUCCCAACCCAAACUCGAUCCCAAAUCCCAAGAAUCACACAUCAGCCAUGAGCAAGGACUGCGGCAACCACGGCGACGACGACCUCCGCCGGUCCUGCCGCCGCCUCCUGGCCAUCCUCCUCGUCCUGGCCCUCCUCGUCGCCCUCAUCGCGCUCAUCAUCUACCUAGUCCUCCGCCCAACCCACCCGCGCUUCUUCCUCCAAGACGCCUCGCUCCGGCAGCUCGACCUCUCCAACACCACCACCACCACCUCCGCGGCGGGCGCCCUCUCCACCACGCUCCAGGUCACCGUCGCCUCCCGCAACCCAAACGACAAGGUCGGGGUCUACUACGACCGUCUCGACGUGUACGCCUCCUACAAGUACCAGCAGAUCACGGUGGCCGCGUCGCUCCCCGCCGUGUACCAGGGCCACGGCGACGUCGACGUCUGGUCCCCGGUCCUCUCCGGCCCCGACGUCCCCUUCGCGCCGUACCUCGCCGACGCGCUCCGCCAGGACUGUCAGGCGGGGUACCUGAUUCUGCAGGUCAAGAUCGACGGCCGUGUGCGGUGGAAAGUCGGCAGCUGGAUCUCCGGCCACUACCAUCUCUUCGUCACGUGCCCGGCGUUCCUUGUCACCACCGGUGGGAACGGCGCGCCCGGGGCCAGUGGGUUCAAGUUCCAGACCACCACUUACUGCCACGUCGAGGUCUAGCGCCCGCCGGACUUCAGGUCAGGUGUCUGGUCUGGUGGUUCGUCGCCGUCCGUACGUCCCUUGUCGUCUGUGUUGUUCAUACCGUGGAGCGAGAAACAGAGCUCGUCGUCGCCUGUCAAGGAAGGAGGCAGAGAUCUUGGCUGGCUGGCUGGUUGGCGGUCGACAUGGCCGGCCGGCCAUGCGCCAUGGCUGGCUUUGCUGGUGCCUGCUGGUAAUAACUCUCUCUGUCCGCUGCUGCCUGCUGGUGUUACUGCUGUCUGUAGUGAUGCGGAUGUAAAGGAGGGUAAUUUCGUUUUUUUUUUCCUUUUGCUUUUUCUUCUUCUUCUUCUUCUUCUUUCUUCGGUAGGGUUGAUUAAUACUGCUAUAGUAAACAGUAAUUAUAAUUACUAUUACUACGGUCAUAUAUGCUGUCUUCAUCGUCUCA